AUGUCAUCAUUUUGGGCACAAAAAUCAAUCACUCUUAGAGGAAAACGAAGAGGAUGCCAUCUCAUCACAGAUGAAAUUUUAUCUGCAGUCAAUGAAGAGCUCUCUUCUAUCAGAGUAGGAAUCCUCUAUCUAUUUUGUGCCCAUACAUCAUGCUCCUUAUCUUUAAAUGAGAAUUAUGAUCCUGACGUAAGAAAAGAUUUUGAAGACGGAUUAAACCGAAUUGUUCCUGAAGAAGCAAAGUAUAGACAUACAACGGAAGGAAGAGAUGACAUGCCUGCACAUUUGAAGACUUCUUUAGUUGGAUCUUCUCAUUUUAUUCCUAUUUCUAAUGGGAGAUUGAUGCUAGGAACUUGGCAAGGAAUUUAUUUUUGUGAGCAUAGAAAUAGUCCAUCGAACAGAGAGAUUGUGAUUACUAUAAAUGGAUCUACAUAA